AUGGGCACCGAUGGCUCUGGGUGCUUGCAGUGCCCACUGCCACCCCUGCUUCUGCUGCUGCUGCUGAGUCUCGCGAGGACCGGAGCCCAAGAGAAGCUGGACGGAGACAGGGAGGGCUUAGGGCUCUCCCUGCCAUCGGAGUUCCAGGACAGGCCCAUAACCAUCAUGUACCGCAGCUCUGAGGUGCGGAGGUCCUGGAAGGUGCCCAACACCUACCUAGUGGUGUUUAAGGAAUCCCAGAGGCAGCAGAUGGAGAGUAUUGUCCAACACCUGCAGAGCCAGUCUGCCAGCUGGGGCUUCAUGUUCGAAGUGCUGCACGUCUUCAAAGACCUCUUUCCUGGCAUCCUGAUGAAAUCUGCCAAAGUCCCGAGGCUGAGGCAGGUGAAGUUCAUCGAGGAGGAUUCCUUUGCCUUUGCGCAGAGCAUCCUAUGGAGUCCACAUCUGAUUUGUCCUCUGUGGAACCAGUUUUGGGGCGGCAUGUGGAACCUGCGGCGGAUUUCUCCUGAGCGGAACCAGUCUCAUAGCUUCAACCACAGCAGUAAGACCACAGCUGCCAUGGCCCACAUCUCCUCCAUGUCCUGGCUCCUGGCCCCUGCCUGUUUUCUCUCUGUCCUCUCCUCACCCUCUUUGGACUGCGCCCCCUGCUGGGACAACCCUGUGGAAGUGUAUUUCUUGGGCACUGGCAUCCGGCCUAGUCACCGGGAAAUCAAGGACAGGAUCAUCAUCUCUAACUUUGAGAGAGUGCCUGAAGAGGAGUGGCAGAGCACCAGUGCGCCCAGGUCACAGGAGGGCAAUUGCGAAAGCCAUGGCACCCACCUGGCAGCUCUGGUCAGCGGCCAGAGUGUUGGCGUGGCCAAGGACAUCAAGAUACACAGCCUGCGUGUGCUCAACUGCCAAGGGAAGGGCACGGUCAGCGGCAUCCUCAUGGGCUUGGAGUUUCUUUGGAAAAAGCUGGUCUCCAAUCCCUCCAAGCGCAUGGUAGUGCUGCUGCCCCUGGUGAGUGGGUACAGUCAGAGCAUCAACGAUGCCUGCAAGCGCCUGGCAAGGGCUGGAGCAGUGCUGGUGGCCGCUGCGGGCAACUUUCAGAGCAAUGCCUGUGCCUACUCUCCAGCGUCGUCUCCUGAGGUCAUCACUGUUGGAGCUGUCGAUUCCCAGGACCAGCCUUUCACCCAGGGUCCUCUGGGGACCAACUAUGGCUCCUGUGUGGACAUCUUUGCUCCUGGGAAAACCAUUGUCAGUGCCUCCAAAGACUGUACCAUUUGUUAUAUAAGAAAGAGUGGGACUGCGCAGGCCGCUGCCCAUGUGGCUGGCAUUGCAGCCCUGUUGCUCACUGCCCAGCCAAACCUCACUGUGGCUGAGCUGAGGCAGAGGCUGCUCCACUACUCUAUCAGCAAUGCUAUCAAUGACACUUGGUUCCCGAAGGAAGAGCGAUUCAAGACCCCCAACCUGGUGGCUGCACUGCUCCCCAGGAUCCAGAAAACAGGUGGACAGAUGUUCUGCAGGACUGUGUGGUCAGCACCCUGGGAAUUCAGGCUGACACACGCUGCUGAGGCUCACUGUGACCCGGAGGAGGAGCUGCUGGGCUGCUCCAGUUUCUCCCAGAGUGGGAAGCGGCAGGGCGAGCGUGUGGGGAUCCUAGGAAACAGACGCGUUUGCCUGGCAUUUGGAGAUAGCCAGGUUUCUGCAGUGGCCAGAUGCUGCCUGCUCCCCCGAGCGAACUGCAGCAUCCACACAGCUCCUCCAGCCUUGGUGGGGCUGAAGACCUACACCCACUGCCCGGAUCCUGACCAAGUCCUGACAGGCUGCAGCUCCCAUUGGGAGGUAGAGAAUCUUGGUGUCUUCCCACAUACCACACCCAAGAGAGGUACUAAUCAGCCAAGGCGGUGCACGGGACACAAGGAGGCCAGUGUCCAUGCUUCCUGCUGCCAUGCUCCGGGCCUGCAGUGUACAAUGAAGAAGUACAGGCCUUUAAGCCCCUUGGAGAAGGUCACUGUGAGCUGUGAUGCAGGCUGGACCCUGACCAGCUGCAGUGCCCAUCCUGAGACCUCAGUCACCCUGGGAGCUUUCCCUGUGGACAACACCUGUGUGGUGAGGCAGCAGGAUCCUGAGGAAACAGGAAGGACCAGUGAGGAGUUUGUCAUAGUCACUGCCAUCUGCUGCCGCAUCCAGCCUUCAGGACAAGCAUAG